GUUCUGCGGCGCAUGUCUCGACUUGUCAUUGUAUCAUAGUCUCAUACAGACCACCUGAAAAGAAUUGCGUUUAUACGCGACAAUUUCGCGUGCAAAUAUUUCAAGUGCCAUGGGAAGUGUCAUGAAAACGGAAAUUCGUGAAACUGUGGGUGAAAAUGGUGAAAAUGGUGAAAACGGACUGGUUUUUAACUUCGAGCAUUACAUUCCCCAAGAACUUGUGUCUGAUAUAUUUACCUAUUUGGACAUUGAGUCUUUAGUGGCGUGUCAACAAGUUUGCAGAACAUGGAAAAGCCUUAUACAAAGUUAUGUGUGGCGAAAAAAAGCAGAACAAAAAUUAAGACAAGCACUUCCUCAUGAUGAAGAAGCAUCUUGGAUUAUGUAUUAUAAGAUAUGCAAACAAAGGCCUUUAAAAAGAAAUUUAAUUAAAAACCCAUGUGGUAAUAAUGGAUUUCGUCACUGGAAAAUAUUGUCAAAUGGUGGUGAUCGAUGGACUACAGAAUCUCCACCGACUGGUAUACCACCACUUCCAACUGACUUGAAUGUUUUAACAGAGGAUUCAUGUUUUGUCACUUCCUAUGGUCCUUGUUGGGCUAGUCAAGAGAUAGAUUUGAUCAAGGAGGGAUGUACAGAAUAUCUUUUGGAUAAUAUUCAACCUGUGAUUAAGAUAAGAGAGUGGUAUGGGUGUAGAUGGGAUUGUAAAGCUGUUUAUUACAAUUCAAUUGAAUUACUAGAGGAUGAAAACAUAUUUGAUGUCAGCAUAGUUAAGGCAAAAAAAAAAUUUAAAGAUACCUUAUGGCACGAAAAACAAAAUAAAUGGUUCAAGUUUGAGCAUGUAUUCAAAGAUUAUGGACCAGGAUUAAGAAAGAUAGUUUUCAAUCAUGGUGGACAAGACAGUCAAUUUUGGGCAGGUCAUUUUGGAUCAAAAAUGACUAGAGCCAGCAUUAUCCUUGAAAUACCAGAAACUUAUUCAGGCAAAAAUGAUUUGGAUAAUUCAACACAAGAGGCAGAAGAUUGAUUUUUUAUUUUACCUAAAAAAAUAUCUGACUAUAAUUAUUUACAAUGUUACCUCUAUUAUAUACUUCUUGAUAGUAAUUUUUAAUACCAUGUUAUUCAUAAUGUUUGAGUUGCUGGCAAACUUACUAUGUGCAUAUUACAAAUGUAAAAAAAAUCCUUCUAAACCUUGCAUUUUAAAACUGAGCAAAAAGUUCAUACUGUGAAAUUUUUGAAAACCUAAGAAAAACAAGAAAAUUAAUACCAAAUGUAAAUCUUAUCUACUGAAUCAUGUACAGGAUCUAUUUUUGAUAAAUCAUAAUACUUAAGACUUUUUUAUAUAUUACUUGAAAAUGAACUUAAUAUAAGUGAUAGUAU